AGCGAGAAUAACUCGAGUAGCUUUUUUCAUUUGAAGUCCGAACGGUUGGCUAACAUGCUGUGAUCUGAUCUUUGUUGAUGCAUGCAGUUUGUGAUCUUAAGGACAGUGGAGUCCUGAAGGCACAGACGUGGUGCACAUGCUUGCUGGCAGUAUGAAUAAUGAUAAUGAUAAUGUCAUUGACAUAUCGGACAGUGAUUCUGAUUUUGAUUUUGAUUUUGACUCUGACGAUCCUGGCGAGAAUGGUGAAGGGCAAUCACUCAGGUUUCAGGACGAAGAGAGCACUCCUUCAUCUUCUUCUAGAACUAUCAAAAACAUCAAUGACCGAUACAGAAAUCUGCCAUCUUCAUUUGGAAGUGCCAUUGAUGCCGAGAAAGCCCGUUAUACAUUAGGUUCGGGGGACAGGACUUAUCCACGUUCAAAUUCGCAAGUGUGGCCAAGGCACGAUUCUGAAAGGGCCACUCUCUCUUCCAGCAGACUUGGUAGUGCAGGUUUGGCUGUUGAUGCCAAGGACAAUAAAAAUGGGAUUCUUUCUCCAUCUUUUUCCAAUGGGAGCACAUCAAAAUCUACACAUCCAAAUGUUGCAAGUGAGACCCGCUUACUCCCAUCACGGUUUACCAAUGGAAAUUCACAAAGAUUGGGUGAUAAUAAGAUGGGAACACAUGUUGUCAAGGAAAUUGGGCAGCCUUCAUCUUCAGGGUUCCGAAGCCAAAGCUCCUCUGUCAGUAACGCCCAGAAGGUUAACAUGGAGGAUGACGAUGAUGAUGUCUAUGUAUAUGAUGGUCCCAGUUCACAUAGGGUGCUGCCUUCAUAUCUUGCUAAUAACACUCAACUUGCUAAUAUCAAUGAUAUGCAAGCUCGUCCAAACCUAGAAAAUAGAAUUUUGGAUUCGGAAGAGAGGGCAGUAUAUCAAGAGGCUCUUCAGCAUAUUAGUCGGGAUGGAACAGAGGAUGAUCUACCUGAGGGUGUCUUGUCAGUAUCGCUGCUUAAGCACCAGAAAAUGGCAUUAGCUUGGAUGGUAUCGAAGGAGAAUAGCUCACAUUGUGCAGGUGGAAUUCUUGCAGAUGAUCAGGGUCUUGGGAAGACUGUGUCUACAAUUGCCCUUAUACUUAAACAGAGGAUUCAACAGUCUAAGUUCAUGCAUGCUGAUUCAGAUCCUUUGAAAUCCGAAGCACUAAACCUUGAUGAAGACGAUGAGGCAGUGGCUGUUGUUGAUAAGGCAGAACAGUAUAUGCCCGUUGAACCCAAGAAGGAACUAGAUGCUGGUUUAUCUUCGACAGCAGCUAGUACAAGUGGUGUUAAACCAUAUAUCAGUCACAUGGAUACUGUUCCGGAUAGAGUGGUUGAAAGCAAAGUUGAACGCAAGAAGACUAAAACAGGCACAUCAUCUGCAUCAUCGACAAUGAGAUCCAUGACAAGGCCAGCUGCAGGUACUUUAGUAGUAUGCCCUGCUAGUGUUCUUAAGCAGUGGGCUAACGAAUUGACUGACAAGGUCAGUGAAAAUGAUAAGUUGUCUGUGUUAGUCUACCAUGGUGGUGCGAGGACCAAAGAUCCAAGUGAGCUGGCAAAAUAUGAUGUUGUUAUCACUACGUACACAAUUGUGGCGAAUGAAGUGCCUAAGCAGAAUGCUGAUGAUGACCCAGAUCAAAAGAAUGGUGAAGAAUCUUCUGCUGGUAAUAAGAAAAAACAACCAAGCAAGUCCAAGAAAAGAAAGAAGAAACUUAAGGAUUCAGAUAUUGACCUCAGUGGCCCAGUUGCCCGGGUACGGUGGUUUCGGGUUGUUCUUGAUGAAGCUCAGACGAUAAAAAAUUUCCGGACUCAAGUGGCGAAAGGCUGCUGUGGACUAAGAGCGAAAAGGAGAUGGUGCUUAUCAGGAACACCUAUACAAAAUGCAAUUGAUGAGCUCUACAGCUAUUUUCGUUUCUUGAAAUAUGAUCCGUAUUCUACAUAUAGCUCAUUUUCUACGAUGAUAAAGCACCCAAUUGCGAGAAAUGCAGCUCAUGGGUAUAAGAAACUUCAAACUGUGUUGAGGAUAAUUCUCCUCCGUCGCACGAAAGAAACUAUGAUAAAUGGAAAGCCGAUCAUAAACUUACCUCCAAAGAUAAUCAAUCUGGAAAAGGUAGAUUUCACAAAGGAGGAGCGAGCUUUUUAUAUGACACUGGAAGAACGUUCUCGGCAACAGUUCAAGGAAUACGCUGCUGCCGGAACGCUCAAACAAAACUAUGCCAAUAUCCUUUUAUUGUUGUUGCGGCUUAGGCAGGCAUGUGAUCAUCCUCUUCUUGUGAAGGGGCAUCAGUCUGUAUUUAAGGGCGAUGGUUCUAUAGAGGAGGCGAAGAAACUUCCCAAGGAAAGGGUAAUAGAUUUACUUGCAAGGCUGGAAGUAUCAGCACUUUGUGCUGUUUGCCGUGACACACCUGAUGAUGCUGUUGUGACUAUGUGUGGUCAUAUUUUCUGCUAUCAGUGUAUAUACGAGCGGAUAACAACUGAUGAAAACACGUGCCCCUCCCCUAAUUGCAAAAACAUAUUAAGUACUGAAUCAGUAUUUUCAUCCGGGACAUUAAAGAUUUGUCUGUCAGGCAAGACUGACACUUAUGCAACAGCAAGUUCAUCAGCAAAUGAUGAGUUAUCUUCUAUCAGUCAAAGCAGUUACAUCUCCUCAAAGAUACAAGCAACUGUCGAUAUACUGAAUAAGAUCAUUAACACACAUGCCCUUACAGACAGUGAUACUAUAGAAUCAAAUCCAAGUCGAGUAGCCCCGGUGAAAGCCAUCGUCUUCUCUCAGUGGACUGGCAUGCUGGAUUUGCUGGAGCUUUCACUGAACAGCAAUCUUAUACAGUACAGGAGACUAGAUGGAACAAUGUCCCUCAAUUCAAGAGAUAAAGCAGUGAAGGAUUUUAACACUGACCCAGAGGUUAGAGUUAUGAUAAUGUCACUGAAAGCAGGUAAUCUCGGUCUAAACAUGGUUGCUGCUUGCCAUGUAAUUCUCCUUGAUCUUUGGUGGAAUCCUUAUGCUGAGGACCAGGCAAUUGAUAGAGCACAUAGAAUUGGGCAGACUCGUGCUGUCACUGUCUCUCGUCUAACCAUUAAGGAGUCGGUGGAAGAUCGUAUUUUAGCUUUGCAGGAGGAGAAAAGAGCCAUGGUGAACUCUGCUUUUGGCGAUGACAAAUCGGGUGGCCACGCCAGUAGGCUUACUGUAGAUGAUCUGAGGUAUCUGUUUAGGAUAUGAUUGGGAGGAAGGCAUGAUCCCUUGUUGGGUUGCUAGGUUCACGAAGCAGUGACAGAAUAUAUUUAGAGCUUGUAAGCUAUUUCAAGGCGUGGUACAGUGGGAGGGCCCUAUGUUCCUCCCUGCCCCGCCGUGGAUCCAGUUUUGUCAUACUCCGAUGGGUCGUCGGAGGGCCAGCCUGCAAGCCUGUCUAGUGUAACUUAUGUUCCUGAGGGAGCCGUCUAGUGUAACUGAGGUACUACCCAAGAUUGUAGGUAAUUCUGGUAUGCUGUGUUCCUAGUGAUGACUGUAGAUCUAUGUAUAGUGUCACUGUUCAGACUCGGUAUUUUCUAUGUUGUGACAUACUUCCUCCUUUCAGGUUUACAAGGCUCUGCAAA